AUGGACUUGACUCGACUGCGGGAUCGAUGGGUGGAGGCAGGGGAGGGAUCAGCAGCGGAAAUGCAGGCUAUACUGGUUCCCUAUGACACUGUGCAGUACGUGGUGACAGUGCGGCCCAGGAAGGUGCCAGACACAGGCUCACACAGCGGCAACAUGGCCAAUGGACCCAUCAGUAGUGCUUCUCGGAGAGGCACUGAGCGAGGGAGGAUCCGCAUUCUGAGCCAUCUCAUCUCAGAGCAUGGCUGGCUUACAAUGACCGCAGGGCGUGGAAUGGGAGUCACAGGGACAGAAGGUGUUGCUCCCAGCGGUGGCGCGUCAGAGGGACGCAGUGGCGUGCUGGCGGAUGGACAUAACGUUGCUGCUCACUGGCGGUCAGCGGGGCGUGCUGGCAGUGCGUCCCAGGAAGGAGCCGUGCGAGGACACAUCGACAGUGCGUCCCAGAGAGAUGUUGUGCGGUUUAGGAGUGAGGAUCCGCCUGCUCAGCUGUCUCAGUCGUUUGCUCACCACAGCAGUAUGGAUGUUAGAUUUUCGGACAAAGACACGAAGCUCCUGAAGACACAGCGAUUCUCAAAAAUAUUUGAUAAACCUGUGGAUAUGAAGAAAGUGAAGAAGGAAUUAAUAUACCCGUGGAUUGCUAGAAGAGUGACAGAGCUCCUUGGAGUUGAAGAUGAGGUUCUAAUCAAUUUCAUUUUUAGUCUACUCCAAGACGAGGUGGAUCCCAAACGCAUGCAGAUACAGCUGACAGGGUUCCUGGAGAAUCACACGACUACUUUCAUGAAGGAAUUGUGGAAAAUCCUCCGUAACGCUCAUCACAAUGAGCACGGGAUUCCGCAGAAACUUCUGGACGAAUUCGCCGAGGAGAAUGGAUUAAUUCCCACUGAGGUAGGAGAUGCGAGAAAAAAGGCAUUGGAAGCUGCUGCACGGCUCUCGUCAGAUAUCCUUGAGGAGUCUCAAAAGGAACGCGGGACGAAAGAAGACCACGAGGUUCCGACGAUCGACGGAGAUGCAGAAUUGCAAAGAAGCAACCGAAGCAAUCACUUCCACGCACAAGACGAAGACUGGAAAAGGAAGCGCUCUCACAGUGCAGUUGAGCGACGAGAUUUCAAUGCGCACAAGCGUAGAAGGUUCUCCAACCAUCAUGGAAAUCGUUACAAUCACGGCGAUCGAUUUCCACUCAAUAAUACCCUUCGAUUUGGUCGAUCUUCUGACUCUCACCAACAGCCUCAAUGGCAUCGCAACUUACGACGUAAUAGCUGCAACCCACGACAAUCAUGGUCGUCGGGGAAAGCAUACAAGAGGGAGGGAGCUGCAAGGUCCUUCCGAGGCAACAACUCUAACCGGACCGCCAGCAUGACAUCAUACCCACCUGGAUUCAACUGCUCGCGGAAUGGGACUGAUUCACUGGCUGAACUGAGUGUCAACAUUGAACGGCAAAAGACUUACCCUCCUGGAUUUGAGAAAAAAAUCAACUCUGAGCUCCACGACAUACAAGAUACACAGCAGCCCCAAUCACCACCCCCGGGAUUUCACUGUCGUCGAGAAUGGCGUUCUCAUAUCCAACUAAGGAGUUUCAAGAGGCCUUCCUCUCCUCAAUUCAGCCGGAAGAGCCAGCCUGAGGCGCGUCUGGUUUUUGAAGGGCCAUGCGACGAAGCUAAGCUCGCAGGACAGCCUCGGAGCACUGAGAAUACUGCUGUAGCUACUCGUGUCACUGCUCAGGUUGAAAACCAUCAGUGUGCUGCUGCGGCACAUCCUGCUGGUGGAUCUUUGCAGGACAUUGGAGGUGCAACUGCACAAGUUGCUGUUGACGGUGGAAGGUUUGUUGGUGCUAUAUCUCGAGAUGCUUGCAGUCCUCCACAAGCCUCUACUAAAGCCUUGGCUGCAGGAGCAUGUGGAGUAGAAGAUACAUCUCAUGGACAGGACAAGUUCUACAAAAGCCCGGACCAGCAAGACUCGAGUCGCCAGGUUGAAGACAUGGACAUUUCAUCUGAGGACGAGUCGUGUGUGAAAAAGAGCAUGAUGGAUUCAGCCGGCUCUGCAGGAGAGUGCGAGGGCAUGGAGACAAGGGACGAAAGGAAGGCAAGGAAGAUGGAGAGGCGGCGCCUCAAGGAAGAGAAGAGGGCUCGGAAGGAGGAGAGGCGGAAGAGGCGGGAGGAGAAGCGGCAACGAAAGGCAGAGAAGCAGGCUGCCAGGGAGGCGAGCAAGAAGGCGGAGAGCGGUGGAGAUCAUCCAGAUGACUGGGUGCCCCUCCCAAUCAUGGAACCAGAAGCAAUGAAGCAAGAUGCGGAGAUUCAAAUAUGUUCCCAGGAGUUUGAGGAGAGAGACAGAAGGUGGCUCGACACUGUGCUCCUGGAUGGACCUGCUGACAUUUCACAAACUGAGGAUCCUGAUUGGGUUUCCAUGCCGAAGUUGGCAGCAGCAGGCAAGACAGUGAUGGAAUCUCAGGAGUAUCACAAGACAAUUACUGGAGAUGAACAGAGGAAAGCAGACCUGGAGAGGGAUUUGAGGAUGAAGGUGAUGCAUUCUUUCCAAGCAAGGCGCCUGACAGUUGGAGAUGCUGGUUGCCAGUAG